GCCAGUUCUCUCUUCUAGACUUGCCAGAAGCGACAGAGGACUAGAGAUGAAGAUCUUUUUAUUAUUCACCUUUUCCACGUUUUUCUUGUCUGCUUUUGAACAAGCAGCCGCAUCUGCUCACUAUGACAAGAUUUUAACUCAUAGUCGAAUAAGGGCACGCGACCAAGGCCCAAAUGUCUGUGCCCUUCAGCAAGUUAUGGGAACCAAAAAGAAAUACUUCAGCACCUGCAGAAACUGGUACCAGGGAUCCAUCUGUGGAAAGAAAGCAACUGUCUUAUAUGAGUGCUGUCCUGGCUACAUGAAGAUGGAUGGUAUGAGAGGAUGUCCUGCAGUUGCUCCUAUUGAUCAUGUAUAUGGCACUCUUGGUAUUGUGGGAGCUACCUCCACUCAGCAGUAUUCUGACAUGUCAAAGCUGAGAGAAGAGAUUGAGGGAAGAGGUUCAUUCACUUUCUUUGCACCAAGUAAUGAAGCCUGGGAGCAAUUAAGUUCGGAAAUUCACAGGAAUUUAAUUGACAAUGUAAAUAUUGAACUAUAUAAUGCUCUCCACCACCACAUGGUAAACAAGCGCAUGUUGACAAAAGAUCUUAAGAAUGGCAUGACACUGGUGUCCAUGUAUAAUGGCCAGAAAUUGCUUAUUAACCAUUAUCCUAAUGGGGUUGUUACUGUUAACUGUGCAAGGAUAAUCCAUGGCAACCAGAUUGCUACCAAUGGUGUUGUUCAUGUAAUUGACCGUGUCCUAACUGCUGUUGGAAAUACCAUUCAAGAUUUCAUUGAAGUUGAGGAUGACCUUUCAUCUCUCAGAGCUGCUGCCAUCACGUCAGACGUCUUAGAUACUCUUGGAAGGCCUGGUUAUUACACACUCUUUGCUCCUACUAAUGAAGCUUUUGAGCGUCUUCCAAGAGGAAUCUUAGAAAGAAUCAUGGGUGACAAGGUAGCUUCUGAAGCUCUUGUGAAGUUCCAUAUUUUAAAUACUCUUCAGUGCUCUGAAGCGAUCAUGGGUGGAGCUGUCUAUGAAACUUUGGAAGGAAACACACUUGAAGUUGGCUGUGAUGGUGAAACUCUUACUGUGAAUGGAGUAAAGAUGGUGAAACGCAAAGAUAUUGUGACGAGCAAUGGUGUUAUCCACCUCAUUGAUAGAGUGCUAAUUCCUGAUUCUGCCAAGCAAGUCAUUGAGCUUGGAGGUGCCCAGCAGACUACUUUUACAGACCUGGUGACACAGCUAGGACUAGCAUCUUCUCUAAGACCAGAAGGCCAAUACACUCUCCUGGUACCACAGAAUCGUGCUUUCUCAGAUGACACUUUACAGAUGGAUCAACGGCUUCUUAAAACAAUCCUGCAGAAUCACAUUAUAAAAGUGAAAAUUGGGCUCAAUGAACUAUACAAUGGACAAGAGCUGGAGACAAUCGGUGGAAAACUGCUAAGAGUCUUUGUGUAUCGCACUGCUGUAUGUGUUGAAAAUUCAUGCAUGGUCAGAGGAAGUAAAGAAGGAAGGAAUGGUUUUAUUCACGUCUUCAGACAAAUCAUCAAGCCAGCAGAAAAAUCUUUGCAUGAAAUGCUGAGAAAUGAUAAGCGUUUUAGUGUUUUCCUCAGUCUGGUGAAAGCUGCAGAUUUAGAUGAUGUUCUGUCACGGCCUGGAGCAUGGACUCUGUUUGUUCCAACUAAUGAUGCUUUUAAAGGUUUGACCGAUGACGAUAAGGCUGUACUGAUAAGAGACAAAAAUGCUCUCAGGAACAUUCUUCUUUACCACCUGACACAAGGAGUUUUCAUUGGAAGUGGCUUUGAGCCUGGUGUGACAAACAUCCUUAAAACUAUCCAAGGAGGAAAACUGUACUUGAAAACAGUGAAUGAUACUCUUCUAGUUAAUGACCUGAAGUCAAGAGAACCUGAUCUCAUGGCAACCAAUGGUGUAAUUCAUGUUAUUGAUAAACUCCUAUAUCCAGCAGAUCUGCCUGUUGGAAACGAUCAGUUGCUCACAAUCCUGAAGAAGCUGAUCAAGUAUAUUCAAAUCAAGUUUGUUCGUGACAGUACCUUCAAAGAGAUUCCACUGACGUUUUACAAAAUUAACAUAAUUGAAAGCAACGUACAGCCUAUCAUCAGAAAGGAAGACCCAUCUAUUACACAGCUCACUAAAAUAAUUGAAGGAGAACCUGAGUUCAAAAUAGUCAGGGAGGGGGAGACAAUAACUAAAGUGAUUCAUGGAGAACCAAUUAUUAAAACGUACACCAAAAUCAUUGAUGGGCGACCUGUGGAAGUGACAGAGAAAAAAGUAACAGAAGAAAGAAUUAUUCAAGGUCCAGAAAUAAAAUAUACCAGAAUUACUGCAGGUGGUACGGACAAUGAAGAAAAUUUAAAGAGAUUGCUUGAGGAAGAGGUUACCAAGGUGACCAAAUUUAUUGAAGGUGAUGCUCAUUUACUUGAAGAUGAAGAAAUCAAAAGACUUCUGCAGGGAGCUGGAACUGAGUACACCAAGGUUACUAAAGUAAUUGAGGGAGAACCACAGAUUAUCGAGAGAGAAAUCAAGAAAGUCCAUUUGGAAGAAGCACCUGUACGGAAAGUACAAGCAAACAAGAGGACACAAGGGGGAUCAGCAAGAAGGAGGACAAGACUAGCUUAUUCUUAAAAGCUUUUCAAGAUAGAAUCCACAGAAUUACAAGAAAACAGCGUGGUCUUUGAGAGAGAGAGAAAAUGUGGGGUUUUUUUUGUUUGUUUUUUGUUUUUUUUUAAGAAAAAAAAGAAAAGAAUAUUAGAAAAAAAUGUGUUUUGUAUAACAAUGUAAACUGAACCAUGAAUCCACAAAAAGAUGUGAAAAUGCAGAUGAUUACUAAUGGCAUAAUGCUCACUAGGGGUAUUCCAUUGGAGGUGCUAUAAAUGCUCUUAACAGUAAGCAUUAUGCAAGGAGGAAUCCUGGAACUGCUGAAGGCGCAAGGAAAACUUCCUCCAGCUUCUGUAGGAUCAGGAUUCCCUCUUAAAUUGGUUAGUAAAUGUUUGCAGGAUUGGAUUCAAAAACAGCAGGGAACAAUGCAGAAUGUAUAUUUUUAAUUAUUUUUAUUUCCACUAAAUAAGAAAUAUAAAUGAAAUCAGAUCAUUUCUAGAGAAAAAAAUCACCUCAGGUGACUUUUAGAAUGAGUAUUGUAAGGAAAUAUGAGUGUUAACGUAGCACUUUUGUUUCAGUAGAAUUGUAUGUCCUUUCUAAGUCAGAUUUCGUCAUGCUUUUAAUGUCAUAGUGAAAUGGAUAACAUUACCUUUUCUAAACAAAGAAAUAAGCCUUAUAUUCAGUGUAUCUCUUUUUGUUCUACAUUGCAUAUCCAAAUGUCAUAUGGUAAAUGUGGCUAAUGAAAGCUCUUAGUAAGGGGAAAAAAAUGUUAUGAUCUUCCUAAAAUGUAUUUGAGACCACAUUGAACUUUAUUUAUAUGAAAAAUCAUUCCCGCUAAAGGUAUGCUGUACCAGCACACAUAUUGAGAUUCUGAAGCGUUUUCCCAGUUUUCCCUAAAUAUGUCUUUUGGUUGUUAAAUGGAUAAAUAAACUGCAUGCAAACAAUUAACUCUGCAUGAAAAAUGGUGUCACAAAGACAAGAUUAGGUCUAAAAACUUUUAUAUCAAAUCAUGCCUUGCUGAUGUCUCGUCCUAAUGUGGAGUUGUCUGUAAAUUAUAUCAUUUCCCUAACUCUAAUUUUGUACUCAUAAAAAUUGUUUACUUUGUUAAUGAAAGUUGGAAAACAAUUACUCAUGGAGUAAGAAAAAACAUCUUCAGAGUGCCUUAAUUCUGCAAACCAAAGUUUAAGAGGAAACAUCUGAUGUGCUUUUAUAUUUCUGUCUUGAAAGAAAUACUCAAUAAAGAAUUUGGCUAAA